AUGUUCGGUUGCGGCGCUGUGCAGACUUGGAACCAGGAACCCACCAGGACGGAGGUGAACCCUGGGGGAAACGUGGUUCUCGCCUGCAAGAUCUACAACAAACAAGGGAGCUGUUCCUGGCAAAAGGAUGGCAAGCCCCAAGGCAUGUUCAGCGGGAAGUACGAGUGGUCCGGAGACCGCGAGGCCGGGGACUGCUCCAUCAGGAUCUUCGACGCCAGCGAGGUGGACGACGGCGACUGGGAGUGCCAGGUGACCGCCUCCUCCUUCACGGCCCACGACGCCCUCACCUCCAGGAUAGCCGAGCUCGUCGUCAGAGUGGCUCCCAACCGCCCCCAGAUGGAGGUGGAGACGCUGCAGGUGGCGUCGGGCCAGAACUUCACCGUGCAGGAGGAGCGCACCGGCAAGAUCAAGUGCAUCUCCCGCUUCGGCAAUCCUCCGGCGGAGAUUAAGUGGUUCAUCGGCGAGGAGGAGCUGCCCGCCGAGGAGUACGAGCAGACCAACGUGACGGAGGCCGAGCGGAGCAAGACGUGGAUGGCGGUGUCGUCGCUGGAACACACGUACCACAAGGAGGACCAUGGCCUCCCGCUCCGAUGCGUCGCCGUCCACCAGGCCUACCGCACCAAGUCCGAGUCCGUCGAGGUCAUUCUCGACGUCCAGUACGCUCCCACCGUGACCCUGGAGGGCGCCCCGUCAGGAGACAUUGAAGAGGGCGUGGAUGACGUGACGCUGCGCUGUCUGGUGGACGCCAACCCGGCCGCCAAGGUGGUGUGGCGCGUGCUGGGCGAGACGGACGUGUUCAGCUUCCUCCCGGAGGUAAAGUUCAGCCCCGCGUCCCGCAGACACUCCGCCACGUACACCUGCGAAGGAAGGAACUCCGUCGGCGCCUCCGACCCCAUCUCCGUCAAGAUUGAUGUCAAGUAUGGUCCUCGAGUGUUGCAGGUGGGCCCGGCUCCGGUCAUGACGGUGGCGCUGCACAACCACACCCUCCUCGACUGCCUGGCGGAGGGGAACCCGCCCCCCAAGUACAUGUGGAGACAGACGGUGCCUGACACGCAGGAGGUGCUCGUGCGCGGCACCAACUCGACUCUGCUGCUGGAGGACGUGACGUACGAGCACCAGGGCCAGUACGAGUGCGUCGUCUCCAACACCAUCAAAGGCGAGGAGAUCGAGGAGAUAAGCAUGCCCAUCACACUUGAAGUCGUUGGUGCCCCCCAGGUCCUGAGGUAUACGGUGGAGCGCAACGUGCAGGUCGAGAAGGGGGAAGAUGCCCUCAUCCAGGUGAUGUUCUGCUCCGACCCGCGGCCGCUGCGCACCACCUGGGAGUGGGGCUCCCUGCAGCUGGAGGCGGGCAACGAUAAGGGCCGCUACGUCGCCGAGAACCUGGCACAGCAGGACACGCGCGAGGACUGCUACGCGGCGAGGCUGAGGGUGCAGCACGCGGACGUGGCCGACGCCCGCGACUACAUCCUGAACGUGGAGAACGACAAGGGGAAGGACCGCUACGCCGUGGGUCUCAGAGUGAACGGACAUGUAGACAAGCCCCCACUACAGCGUGUCCCUCCUUCAGCAGAACCCGUGUCCAUGUCCACCGUGAUCGGCAUCGUCAUCGCUUGCCUCGUCGUGCUCGUGAUCGUCACCCUCUUCGUCCUCUACGCCUUCAAGACCGAGAAGUGGUGUUUCUCCCAGCGAGGAGAUUUCAAGCCCACAGACCUGGAAAGUGAUAAGAGCGACAUUGAGAGCCAGAAGGGAAAUAAUGGUAGGCAUCAGUAUAGUGCAACGGGAUCAGGUGCUGGUAGGAGUGGAGGCAAGACCAUGGUUGCAGGAUCCCUUGCCUCCAUCCCUCCCGACGCCCUUUACACAACCACGUCCAAGCAUACCAGUGUGUCCACUCUGUCCUCUAAACCUGACCAUGAGUAUGAGAACUUGAAGAUAAUGCCAACACAAAUGGAAACACAAAACUUGUGCCAGGAAACGAGAAGCAGCAGCAGUUGCAGCAGCCGCAGCAGCAAUCCGGAGAGAAGAGAUGAGCUUAACACAGCCCUCGGAGAGCCCGGAGAGAGCAGGGAGGAGGAGGAGGAGGAGCGAGAGUCGGCCAGUGAGCAAGGGGAGAGCAGCAACGGCAAUCUAAAAAAGGGAGAAUUGCACACAUUCAAGAGGCAUAACGACCAGCAGAGUGAAGCUAAAGACUUACCUAGAAAUUUCAAGAGCUCUCCAUACGUGCCAGUAUAUAAGCCAAAUCCCGACCGAAUCAGUUCACCUUAUGCCGAUAGAAUGAAAUCGACAGCAACGGCCAGUGUACGGAGACCAAGCACAGGCGUUGUGUAUGCAGAACUUCAGCUUCCACGAGCAUCAAACAACGGCUCCAUGAGACGUGGAGACCAGAGAACUCCUCACCAGAAGACACAGUAUGCAGAGAUUACGUUUCAAGGCCGACCGCUUCAGACCGCAGAGAUAUGAUAAUUCCCCAUGAGGAUUUUAUUAAUUGUUUGGGCAGGGUGUCGUGGGAUGUUUCCUUCCUAGCUGUGCUUUUUUUUCUUUCUUUCUUUGUUUUUUGGUCAAGUAAUGAUCUUUGUAAAGGUGUUUUGUGAAUGCAGUUUACGUAUUUUUGGCUACGGAAAAAAUAUUGAAGCCUUGAAAUUCCAUGAAGCACCUAUUUUACUGCACUUUGAUUUUUAAUUCCGGCCAGAUGAAUGGUAGCCAGUUAAAGGGAAACAAGGAUAUUACAACAAUUUUGAUGAAAAAUUUCGACGCAUUAGAAAUUCUUAUAGAGUUCAUAGAUUAACAAAGAUUACUCUUGUAUUCCAAUUUAAAUUGCAAUCUGUGUAGAACGAAUAUAAAUUAUAUGAUAGUUUAAACAUGAAGCCAAACUUUUAAAGUCUAUAAAUGAUCUAUUCCAAUGGAGAAGGGCUUCACUUAGAAUUAAGAAAUGGUGGUGUAAGAGCUAUUUGUAUGAAUUGUUUAUAUAGAUAAUUUGAAUAUGACAGCAUUUUUUAGGGGCAAUUUUAGAUCUAGAUUUCUGACUUCAUAAUUAUAGUAUGCUGUAUGUAAAACUAUUUCGUAAGGAGUAAGUGAUAACUGUCUAGUUUUGAACUGCAUCCAGAAUCACCUGCAAAAAAUGUGUAAGUGUGUGUUGCUUUUUAUGUAUUUCAGCCAAAGUUCUGAAGCUUUUUCCAAGUCUGCACACAUUUCCUUUGGUUUCAUUUUAUUGAUUUACUCCAUCACUGUGUCCUAUGCAAUGAGAUGGUCCAUUUUUUGCGUAUGUGAAAAGUGCAGUCUUUGUAUGUGACAAGCAAUGCAUUUCAUCCAAGGUAUAAACCACUGCAAUAUUGUAGACUAGCUACAGUUUGCUUGUCUUUGGGCUGCUCUUACUUUCCAGAUGAAUGAUGCUGCUUUUGUCCUUUUUGUCCAGACUAAUUUCUCAUUUCCAAAGAUCUUCAUUUAAUGUUAGGGUGAAUGUACAUAUAACGUAUACAGAUCACUUAUUCAACCAAUGCUUCAUGAUGUUCCUUUGCAGGCUUCCUGCAUGGUACGUGAUAUGUGGAACUUCACUUUUUUAUUUACAAUAAACAGGCAUAAGAAUGUGUUAAUACCAUUUAUCAAGGUACAGUGGCUUAAAAAAAUUCACUAUGGUAAAUAAGUAAAAGAGAAAAAUGCAUGUAACAUUCUCUAUAAUCACAACAUUCACACCAUGGUGAUGGUAUUAAUGCUCUGGCUUAAGAUUUAUGUGCAUGCAGAAGGUUCAUUUGUCCUUGGUUCAGGGUUUAUCCAUAU